AUGCCUCUUGGUAUCCUCGAGUACCGCAAGCUCGAGCAUGUGCCCGGCACGUCGCCGCUGAGCGAGCUGGGCCGCUCCGACGCCGACAUCGCCCAGGGCAUCGACCGGACGCUGCUCAAGCACGACGCAUCGGGCACGACCGUGCUGGUCCCGCAGCCGUCCGCGUCGCCCAACGACCCGUACAACUGGCCGCGCUGGAAGAAGGAGCUGUUCACCGUCGCCAUUGCCUACGGCUGCGGCUGCGUCGGCGCCGUCGGCCCGCUGCUGACGUCGGCGUUUGUGCCGCUGGCCGAGGCGUUCGACGUCCCGCUGUCCCGCUUCACGCUCGGCGUCAACGGCUCGUGCAUCGCCGCCAUUGCGAUCGGCAGCAUCCUGUUCAACACGCUGGCCGUCAAGGUCGGCAAGCGGCCGGUGUACCUGCUGUCGUCCGUGGGGCUGUUUGUCGGGUGCUUCUGGGGCGCCGAGGCCAAGAGCUUUGCGUCGCUGUCGGCCGCGCGGGCCGUCACCGGCCUGUGCAUGGCGCCCAUGGAGGCGCUGGUGCCGGCGUCGAUUGCCGACAUCUGGUUCGUGCACGAGCGCGGCUACCGAACGGCCAUUUUCAACCUCGGCGUCCUUGGCGGCAUCAACCUCGCGUCGCCGAUUGCCGGCGCCAUCAUCCAGUACAGCUCGUCGCGCGUCUGUCUCCACGCCAUGGGCGGUGCCUUUGUCCUGCAGACCCUGCUGACCUUGUUCUUCAUGCCCGAGUCCGCCUUCCACCGCACCGGCGCCCUCAACAUUGACGGCGGCACGCACCGCGUCGAGGUCGAGGGCGCCUCGGAGAAGGCCGGCAUCGAGCACCGCGACGGGCCCGCCAUCGACAACGACGGAAUCAACGACGUCCCGCAGACGUUUGUGCAGUCGCUCAUGCCCUACAGCGGCUACUGGGACCGCGUGUCCUUUUGGCGCACGCUGCUGCAGCCCUUUUGCAUGCUCGCGUCGCCCAUUGUGCUGUGGGCCACGCUGCUCUUCACGACGUGCAUCUCGUGGCUGGUACUCAUCAGCAUCACGCUGUCCCAGAUCUUCUCGGCGCCGCCCUACAGCUUUUCCGUCAGCUCUGUCGGCGCCACCAACGUCUCGUCGUUUGUUGCGACGCUGCUCGCCACGGCCAUCGCCGGCCCGGCCAUCGACGGCGUCGUCAAGGCCAUGUCCCGCCGGAACGGCGGCACGUUCGAGCCCGAGUUCCGCCUGCCCAUUAUGGUGACCUACCUCCUGUUCACGGCCACGGGCUUCUUCGCCUGGGGCCAGUCCCUCUUUAAACAGGACGCCUGGGCCGUGCCCAUUGUCGUCUGCAUGGGCCUCAUCAACUUUGGCGUCCAGCUCGGCACCACGGGCGUCGUGGCGUAUGUUGCCGACAGCCACCGCAUGCAGGCCGCCGAGGCCUUUGCCGUCAUGAACUUUAUCAAGAACAUGUUUGCCUUUGGCAUGACCUUUUACGCCAACGACUGGAUCGCCGUCCAGGGCGUGCGCGACUGCUUCUUUGUCAUUGGCGGCAUCACCGUCGCCGUCACCCUGACCACCAUUCCCAUGUACAUCUUUGGCAAACGGGCCCGCGGCUUCAUCGCUCGCCACCGUGUGAUUAAAUGGAUAGUCGAUUAG